AUGAUUAGAGGGAUAAACCCAAUCUGGCAAGCCCUCGUUGCUGGAUGCUUUACGUGGGGUGUGACGGCGCUUGGAGCAUCCCUAGUGUUCGUUAUGAAGCAUCAGAAUCGAAAGUUACUUGAUCUCAGCUUGGGUUUUGCGGCUGGAGUCAUGACAGCAGCGUCGUUCUGGUCGUUACUCGCUCCGGCUAUUGAAAUUUCGGAGAAGACAAUGGGAUCACUGGCUUUCCUUCCAGUGGCUGUUGGAUUUGCCGUUGGCGCGGCAUUUGUACAUUUCGCUGAUCGGAUGCUGCCCAGUUGUGUGAUGGGCGAUACUGUUGUAAUGGACUACUUGGCGCCGGCAAAAACUGAGACGCAGUUAUCGCUUGUAACCGCCUCCAAUGGAUCUGAGAGCGGAUCGGCCUCUCGGUACGACUCUGUUACCUCCAAAUCUUCGGCUUUACGCUGUCGUGGCACUAGAAAUAGGCAUCAAGAGAUCUUGAAAGAGAUGACUCGCAGAAAACACCUGACAAGGAGACGAUGCGGCGUCUCAGAAGAUGAAAAUCGGUCAUCGUGGAGACGUAUCAUGCUUCUUAUUUUGGCUGUCACGUCUUGCUGUCGCUGCGUAAUUCGGUUCAUCGGGAAACUGCGUGCGGCCAAAUUUGAGACAGCGUUUAUAGCGUUUUGGUACGGGCAAUUAUCUGGAAUGGUGGAACCGAUCUCAGCUGUGCUCGGAGCAGCAGCUAUAAUAUUAAUGGAGCCGUUACUACCGUACGCACUUUCUUUCGCCGCUGGAGCUAUGAUCUACGUCGUUGUCGACGAUAUUAUUCCCGAAGCCCAACGGAGCGGUAACGGGAAACUUGCCUCAGUAGCGUGUAUCAUUGGCUUCCUUGUGAUGAUGUGCAUGGACGUCGGUCUUGGUGACUCCGGUGAAGACCCCAAGUAA